UUAAAAUGAAAUAAAAAAAAUAAAUAAUUAAUAAAUGGAAAUUUAAAGAAUUAAAUACAUUUUUAAAAAAAAAAAAACAAUAUUUGAAAAACAAUUAAACUUCUAUAUGAAAAGGGGCAAGAGUUCUGAGAAGGAAUAUUUUCACAAAAAUAGCGAUUCCGAAAGUCUAAACGACUCCCGAACCCGAGACGUGGGAGAUAGGAACGCGACAAAAUUAUGGCGGGAUAGGAAUACUCCGCCGGAGAGCUCGGCACAGGAUCGCGAUACGAGUUUCGAUAGAAUUUUUGACAGGAUAGAAGAGUCGAGCGGACGGAAAAAUUUACCCGCUAGCAACCCUCCCCACCCUCUCAAAUCGAGGGAGGAGAGGGUAGACGAUUUUAGGGAAAGAUCCGGUAGCAUAUUGAGCGCCUCGGCUAGGAGAGGCAGCGAAUUGAUCCACAUGAUCUUCGGGCGGCGGAAAAGUAAGGAUAGAUCCGAUUCUAAAUUGGGUAAGGAUGCCGAGGAGAAAAAAGUUACGAGUAGGAAUUCGAGCCAAAAAGGCAAAUCGGGCAAAAAUGGCGGGCCUCUCCAAGCUAUGGGGCCCUUAUCCCGAAACAAAAUAACCGGCGAUGGUCGGUAUUCCGAAUAUUCUUCUUCUUCCUCUGAAUCGACCGAGGGCGAGCCACCCAAUCUUUCUCAUAAACAAAGCGAAUCGUUGUCCUCCCUGGGUUCGGCUAAAACUGCGGGCGCUAAAGACCUUGGCAAACAUUAUUACGGUUCAUUUUCGAGAGGGGAUAAAGGUAAAGAAGUAAUUUCCGGGAAUUAUUCGAUGCAAGGAAGCGAUGAAGAGUUGGACAAUAAAAUAUCGGGUUCGUCUCGUGAUAUUGAUUCGUCACACCCGAACGAAAAUGCGAUGGCCGAAAUGAAGUUGAUCUCUCAGGACUCCCUAGAGGAAGAUCGUGGCACGCCAGAAUUGGCCUUUUCUAGUCAAAGUGCUUACUAUUCUUCUAAGUUGCUGCCCAAAGGUAGUAACCCAUUUAUAGACUACGGAUACCCCAAAACGGCGGGUGUAGGCGAAAAGCCUGUCAAUCACCGCAAAGGCAUAGGAGAAAGGAAUAGGAGGCACGAAAAUCUUAUCACCGGUAAAGACUUUAGUAAAAGUUAUGACUAUAUUUCGAUAGCCAGACCUCGUAGUACCACUCCAAUAAGGGGCUCUAGAAUCGAGGAUUACACGUCCGACAGCAAUUAUUAUAAUGAUACUCAGAUAUUUUCGACUACGAGUGGUCAAGAUUCCAAUAGAUCCGGUACGAAAAUCAAUAUAAGAUUGCCUAACAUGUAUCAGAGCGACGCGGAAACUUCCUCCGCGUUUCCCUUUAAGGAUAGGCAAAAAAGGCGGAAAAGUUUGAGUACCCUGAAUUUGGAAAGCGAUGUUGAUGCGGAAUGGUCCAAGUUCGCCGAUAAAGUUUUAAAUUUAAAUCAGAGGAGGAGCGUAAAAUCAAGCGUCAGUGGCCCGAAAGAGGUUUCCCUUCCUUUUCAUAGGCGUACCCAAAGUAUGGCGUCUUACGAUCCUGCUGACACCACAAAGGAACAUGUUGCACCUCUAGGGAUUUCGGAUUAUGGAAGAUCGGAAAAAGUUCCCAUCGAUAUCGAAAUCGCGAAUACAGCGGCCAAAUUUACAGCUGCAAUGCAGGACUUGGCCUUGGAGCCUGAAGAGAAUCUUACUAAGGAACGGUUAGUUAAUGACAGUUUGGCAUCUAAGAGAAAGAUAUCUAACUCUUUACUGAACUACUACGCCGAUUCAUCGGAUUCUCUUAACAACCUUUACCGUAGCAACAUAGAGGAAACGAUGAAAUUACAAAGUAAAGUAAACGAAGCUGCCUCUUUAACAACACCCAUGAAUGAAGUACCAUUAAGUAAGUUUGAUUUAGUGCGAGGAGGCGAUAUCGAUCAACCAUAUGAUAACGUUGCAACUGGCGUCAGUGACAAUGACAAUAGCGAUGAAAUAUCUUCCAUCCCAGAAUACGAGCAGAAUUUUAGAGCCUCUCUUACCUCCUAUGACAGUAUCGCACCCCCUAACAUGCCCCCGCCCCCUCUGGACAUCGGUUCUAUUCGAAUCGGUGCCACUAAUACCGCCGCGGAUGAUCAAAGAGGUGAUGCAAAUGCUAUGUGGGCAAGAUAUGAUCCCAACAAUCAAUCAAGUGAUCUUACUGAACAUCCGACAAUGAGGAGUCAAGAGGUACGAGAAUUCCAUUCCCCUCCUAAACGACCACCCCCUCCUUCACUAGCCCCGUACAGACCCCAGAAAAUUGCCGAUUUUGAAAUAUACGAUACCAAUAGUGAAAAAAUGAAGAAAAAACGAGCCGCCCCAACCGCACCUAAAAAGGCCUCAAUAACUCAGUCCCAGAAGAACCUCGAUAGAGAUUUAGAAGAUGAAGGUAACUCAUGGGAACAAUUUCAGAAGCUGACGGCUAAGGUUUCAGAUACCAUAAAGAUGUCCCAAGAUAAUCUUAAAAACAGGGAGAACGAUGACUGGAUAGGGAUUUUGAAGCUCCCUCCCAAAAGAUUGAGCGGCGAAAUUCCUCAAGAUGUAAAAUUGAAAGAAUUAGAACUCCAGAAAAAAUUGGACGAUAAGUCAUUUUACCCCGGUGCUGUUAUAGAUAUCUUAAAUAUGGAACCCAAGGCCUACAAGAAGAUGAUGAAGAAGAUUAAAAAGGAGAAAAAAAAAGUAGACAAGGAUAGGAAAUACGAAACUACAGAAAACGCAGCUAAAAAUGUUCGUAAAAUGGAAAGACCCAACACCGCACUCCCCAAAAGUAUUGCACUAGACUACGAUAAAGAAUCAGUUAAAGGCAGUCCCCCUAAAUCUGAAGACAGGGCUUUGAUAAAGAUAUCAUCUCAAGAUAGUGAUACCGUAUCUAGUGUCCCUGUACAACAACCAGAAACAGGUGAUAAAAGAGAUAGCGUUUCCAAAUAUUCAACGGGACUCGUUUUAAACGGAAUAGAUGAGGCCUAUGAUUCGUUGAACAAAACACCGAUAGGUAGGAAACAUAGUUUGAGUAAAGAAAGCGAAGGUCAUUUCUUUACGAAAAGUUUGGUAGAUACGAAAAACGUUAUACCUCCUAUAAAACCCAUUGCUCAAAAAAUUGAAGAUAGUCAAAGGAUCACGGUCUCGAAUUCUUCUUCUUAUGAUCGAACAGCGGCAAGGGAUCAAAUUUUUGAUGAUAAUAAUAAUCAAGAGCCCUUGUUAAGAUUUGACAGCGAUUCAAAAAAUGUUCUCAACAUUCAAGACAAUCAUAACCCAUUUGAAACCGCACCCGUUCCUAGUGGAUUCUCUCAUAUCUCACAAAUUCUAACACCUAUAAAACAAAUUGAAACAGACCAUUUACCUUCGAAAAAUUUGAAUCCAUUUACAAAUAACUUCAUGCAAAACAAAAUGAAAACCAGUGACGAAAUUGCUGCUAUAUAUCCACAUGUGUCUGGUGCUAAAAACUCUGUUUUACGUGCUAAUAGAGAUAUCCCAAACAGACCGAAAGAUUCUCAACACGAUACAGAUACUCUAUUGGGCGGUUCCUUAAAGAAAAAUUCUCCAGAUACUUUAUCAUAUGGAAAUAAUACACCGAUUUCUCAGAGCUCUAAUAUUGAAAGUAUCGGACCGAAAGAUUCUUUGCACGAUACUAAUAUUCUAUUAGGCAGUUCUUUGAAGAAAAAUUUUCCCGAUACUUUAUCAUAUGGAAAUAAUACACCGAUUUCUCGGAAGUCUAAUAUUGAAAGUAUUAGACCGAAAGAUUCUCUGCACGAUACUGAUAUUCUAUUAAGCAGUUCUUUGAAGAAAAAUUUUCCCGAUACUUUAUCGUAUGGAAAUAAUACACCGACUUCUCGGAAGUCUUAUAUUGAAAGUAUUAUUAAAACAACUCAGCCCCGCUCUGAUUUGGGUAAUUUCUCGUUAAUCGAUUUUGAUAACAACGAGACGCCUGAAGUUUCAAAUCUGAUUACUCGUGAAACACAUGUUGCUCAACCCAAGAAAGAACACGUAAAUAGAUCCGAAGAUAAAAAAAAUUCAUUUUCAAAUUAUUCUUCAGAUAAUUCGAUCAACAAUGAACUCAAUGUUAAAUCAGUCCCAACUUCCAAAGUUUGGCAUCUCUACCUUCGGACCUCUAACACCAAGAGCGUAAAUAACGAACAGUAUUGGAUAAAAAUUAGACUAAAGUUUUUCAACACAGGCCGGAAAAUUCGCUUGUAUAAAGGCGGCGAAAAUGAGAAUACCACUCCGUUUCAAGAACUAAGUUUGCAACCGUCUUACGAGAUAAUGCCAACAUACUUACAGGCUUACGAUAUUUACGGCAAGAUUCUAGUGACGAAAUUGCAGCACAAGACGGCUCUAUUCAAGUUGGACGUUCACAGGGACAGGCUAAUAUCGGUAGGCGCUGGUGGAUACGCUAAGGAGGAAGUCCUAAUUUGGAUCAAAGAAGAAUAUACUGGCAGGGUAAUAUCGCAGAUCUCGGGUGCACCCUUCCAAGUGAUAGAUAUAGGAAGGAGGUAUAGUAGAAAAGGUUCAGUGGCGGGUGCCAGCUUGACAGACCAAAAGAUACGGGUUAGAGUGUUUUGCCUGGCUUUCCUGAACGGAAUGCCGGAUUGUGAGAUAGGUUUGAACGAUCAGCGUAGAGCUGGGUCAGAAAUAGUUGGACGGAAGGAUAUAAUGCCUUGCGUCUCGGAUGAAUGGAUUAAAAUCAACGUUAAGUCUAUCAAGUUUCACGCCUGCGUGGCUAAGAAUGACGGAGGGAUAGGACAGGCGGCGAAGAAAUACGCCAUUCGGUUUUAUCCGCUAGACGCCACGCAUUUUGAACUAACUAGGUUUACCGUUCCGACCAAAGAAAACUUCGAACUUCCCCUCAGGGCUCAAAUCAAAGUGAAAAGCAUUAAAAAUAUUGCCUCACCAAAUUCUUACGACACCACAAAUGGCUCAAUCCAGUCAAAUAGGAUAAUCGGGUACAAGAUCACUUGUGAUAUAAUCUCAGGGGUCGCAUUACGUCACGCCAAAACCGUUACGACCACAUUCGCUUUCGAAAACGUUAAUGUUUACAUACCCAUCCCCUUGGAUUGGAUUUAUAUUUUCAGGGAAGAAAAGGCUCUCAAAUUCGGUUCAAAGCAUUCUACCCUUAAAUUUCCCGGGAAAAUCAAAGGACUGGGGAGAUUACUAUCAGGAAGCAGUUCCCAGACAGGAUCCGACAAAUCUUCCUUAGCAACCGGCUCCUUCAUAGCUGAUUCCUCAUCUCCCUUAACGUUGGAAACCACCCUAGGUCUAGCUAAGUACGAACACCUUUACAGAUCUUUAGUUUGGAGAAUACCUAAAAUAUCGACCGUCAAACAAAACGCCUACAAAGAACAACAUUUAAUUUGCAUCGUACAACUUGGAUUGCAUGAUGUAAUUCCAGAAAAUGUGCAUGAGUUAAUAUCUACCGCCAUUGUGGAAUUCGAUAUAGGCACAACCUACGCUUCGAACAUCAUGUUAAGAUCUCUGGCUGUCAAUUCCCCGGAAAAUGUCAAUAAAAGUGCUAUCUAUAAUUCCCAUUUUAAACUCAAAGUUAACGUAAGUCAUCUUGACGAUAAGUUGGGCGAGAUCCGAGACGAUAGACAGCGUUAUAUAGAAGCGUCGCUAGCGGAAAACCCCCCAAAACCAUUAUCCCAGACUACACCUCGUAAUUCUAUCGACCUAUUAAACCUUUCUUCGGAUAUGUUAGAAGAACAAUCAAAUGAAUCAAUGGCUACAGAUUUUGUCAAGGAUAGAAAAUCCUCAUCGGAGGGGAUGGAAAACUUUUCUUUGACAUAA